UAGAAACCUAUGUUAACUUCGUGACUUUCCAUACUUGAAUCGCUGAGAAUGGAUCUUGCCGCUGAUGUACAGGCUAUUAAUCUUGUUGAGUGUUCUGUAUGUGGACGACAUUUUCGGGAAGACAUAAUUAAUCGACAUAAAGCUAUAUGUAUGAAGAAUGCGACAAAGAAAAGAAAACCUUUUGAUAGUACAAAACAACGAAUAAAAGGUAUACAAGAGGUAAAUCAAAAGUUAUUCGGUGCUUCUGGGACUACUACUACUACUGCUAAAUCAGUUGAAGUUCAACGAAAAAUAGCUCAAGCUGAAGCACGUAAACAUCAUUGGCGACAACAUCAUGAAGAAUUUAUUAAUACAAUUAGAGCUAAUAGAGCGUAUGUUAUUGCUAAAAAAACUGGUAAACCUUUGCCACCUCCACCUCCACGGACUAUUGAUCCAGAUCUAAUUCAAUGUGAAUAUUGCCUAAGAAGAUUCAAUGAGAAAGCUGCUGAACGUCACAUUGAGUUUUGCCGUGAAAAACACUCCCGUUUGCCAGCCCACAGUACCCUACCAAAUACAACCGGAAUCAGUCGCACACGUGCUACUACACGCCCAACGGCUCAAGCAAGUGAUAUUCCUACACUAAGAAAUAAUAACAGAAAAGGAUUAAAUACUACUUAUACACCAAAUAAUCCUACAUCACAUCCUAAUAUAGAAAGUUCAACAGGCAAUGUAAAACGUGGAAUACCGCAACUAUCCAAAACAACACAUAAUCCAAUAACUAGUAAUGCUCGAAAUUCUAUUGAAUUACGCAAAAGUCACGACGAUAUGCUGAAAUCACGAAUCCCACCAAAUCAUCACAAAGAAGAGAUAGCAGCACAAAGCAGUAAACGAGGUUCAUCGACAACAAUUCCUCAAGCACGGUAUGUUAUAUUAUUAUUGAAUGAAAAAUAA